AUGGCGUCCGUGGAUUUGAGAGAUAAUCUGCUCGGUAUAUCGUGGGUUGACAGCGGUUGGGUACCUAUCCUCAAUCCAGGUAAUGUCUUGGAUUACUUUUCGGAACGGAGCAAUCCGUUCUACGACCGAACAUGCAACAACGAAGUUGUGAAAAUGCAACGCCUUACCCUGGAACACCUAAAUCAGAUGGUGGGAGUCGAGUAUAUUCUGCUUCAUGCUCAGGAGCCCAUUCUAUACAUCAUCCGUAAACAGCAGAGGCAAUCCCCUACUCAGGUUAUCCCACUGUCAGACUACUACAUCAUAGCAGGGGUGGUGUACCAGGCUCCAGACUUGGGCUCAGUCAUAGGCUCCAGAGUGCUCUCUGCUGUGCAUGGCAUCCAGUCUGCGUUUGAUGAAGCCAUGUCCUAUUGUCGCUACCACCCUUCCAAAGGCUACUGGUGGCACUUUAAAGAUCAGGAGGAAAGGGAGAAAGCAAAGCCCAAGUCUAAAAAGAAAGAAGAACCCAGCUCACUGUUCCAGAGGCAGAGAGUGGACACAUUGCUCCUGGACCUCAGGAAUAAAUUCCCUCCCACUUUCUAUCAGCCAAAGCCUGGUGAGAAGCCAAUUCCAGUGGAGGUAAAGAAGGAGCCUGAGCUACCAUCAGAGGCUGUGAAACAGGAGGACAGAGAGCCUGCCACCAAAACCCCUGCCCCAACUGCCCCAAGCAAACCCCCACCGGAGAAGAGACCCAGACUACAGUGAUGCUGGAGCAGGACUGAAUACACCACAAACACUCGCCGGUCGGCCUUACGCUCAUUCUGGACAAGACCUCAUAGGCCGGUUCUCUCUGCCUGCUCCAACAGCAGAACCUUAUAGGACAGCACACAAAAAUGGACAGCAGUUACGAUCAGCCAAUGGAAAGACAGGCUGAUGCUCACUGACGUGGAUUUUGAGGGACUGAGUGACUGAAAGUUUUUGGGCUGAGGAUUUGUUCUUUUUUUUUAAAAUAGACCAAUCUUAAUUUUGUGGCAGUGAAGCAAACCAAGAAAGUCCUGUUUUGUAUGUGAACGUAUGUGCUAUGGCAUUCUCUAUGCUUGGACUUGUUAAACUCUCAUGUUGUCAAGGCGUUUAUCUGUCUUUGGUUAAUAUUAGUACAAAAGGGAUAAGAGAAGUUGAGACCUACAAGUCACUAGCCACUCCUACAGACCGUGUUGUAAGCAACUUUAAUGAGUCAUGAACUUUGAAAAGAAGAUGAUUGAGUGAAGAUGGAGGCUCUUUGAGUAGAAUGGCCUCUGGAUGUGUGUUGAUUCCUCUUCUUGUUUUUUUUUACUGUGUUUAAUGACUCAGGGAAGGUACAAAUCAGUCAACAUUUCAGUACAUUCAUGAAGCCUAAAACAGAAAUAAUCGUGCGGAUAUUUCUUCCUUUCUAAAAUGGAUAAUGGAAAUGAAGUAGAAUUCACACCAGCUCUGUGACAUUCAAAUCAAAGUCUAAGUCUUAUCAAUUCCCCAAUCCAUGAGUCUUGUAAUUGUUCCAGUAGACCCAAGAAUUUUUGAUACUUUGAUAUUCCACUGAUUUUUUUUAAGAGCUAAUGUGAGUUUUUUUCUUUUCUGCAACACUUGAAGAGGAUGUGUUUUGACAUUUGUUUGGAAGAGGAGAGUGAAUAUGCUGAGGUCAGUUUGCUCACAGUGUUGUUUAGAUCAGCAGAGUGCUUCGCUGAGGUCACGGCUGCAGUCUGAGUCAAACUCCUGCUUUCUCCACUGUGAACUCUGCUCUGUUGUGAAUGUGGCCCCCGUGUUUACCAAAUGUGUGUUGUCAGACAGUGCUGCCAGCAACUGCCGACGGCCCCAUAUCUCACUUCAGCUCAAGCAAUAACUUCUCUGUAUGUGCUGUGAAAGAUACCUGGGUCAUUCAUGUUGUGAAAUGGGUUAUUUUGUGCUGACUGCUGUUUCUGGGUUUAUUUUUCCAAGCUGUGUAUU